AUGCCAAGGACGCUAGGAGCCGUGCCGGAGCCCGCCAAGUCCGCUCCAGCCCCCAAAAAGGGCUCCAAGAAGGCGGUGACCAAAGCACAGAAAAAGGACGGCAAAAAGCGCAAGCGGAGCCGCAAGGAGAGCUACUCCAUCUACGUGUACAAGGUGCUGAAGCAGGUCCACCCCGACACGGGCAUCUCGUCCAAGGCCAUGGGCAUCAUGAACUCGUUCGUCAACGACAUCUUCGAGCGCAUCGCCGGCGAGGCUUCCCGCCUGGCGCACUACAACAAGCGCUCCACCAUCACGUCCCGGGAGAUCCAGACGGCCGUGCGCCUGCUGCUGCCCGGGGAGCUGGCCAAGCACGCCGUGUCCGAGGGCACCAAGGCCGUCACCAAGUACACCAGCUCCAAGUAA